AUGAACUCUACUAUUUGUUUAGUUAGUUUAUUAGAUAUGUUUGUAGUCAGAUAAAAACAGAAAUACGUAAUGAGUAUGAGAAUUAUGUACUUUUCUUUCGUACAUAACUGGAGCGAUAUUCUGUGUUUUGUAAUCCUUACACGUAUUAUAUUGUAUUUGAAAUAUUUACGAUUUGUUUAAAAAUGCGACCUAGACGAAAAAGAAGUGCAGUGUGGUCACAUUUUACUGAAACGGAGUCUAGGAAAGCUAAAUGUUAAUACUGUGUCCAAGCCCUAGCGGUCCCAAAUGGAGGUGUAUCCAAUUUAUAUAGGCACUUAAAAAAUGUACAUAGGACGCCUGUUGAAGCUAUUGAAAGUCAAUCAGAAAAGCAAAUAGCUGUGGACUCGAAAGAGGUUGAUUAUGAAAUGGAGGUAAGUGUGUCCGAUAAUGGAAGCACAUCGCCGAGAGAAUCAAUGCCGAUGUCGUUGUCUAAAAUGAAUACUAUUAACGAGCUUUCAAAAAUUCCAUCUCGCCGGAAAAGAAGUGCAGUGUGGUCACAUUUUACUGAAACAGGACCUAAGAGGGCUAAAUGUGUACAUUGUGAUCAGAUUCUAGCAUUACCAAAUGGAAAUGUGUGUAAUUUAUUCAGGCACUUAAAAAAUAAACACCAAAUUUUUCCUCGUACCUUUGAAAAUCAAGUAGAUGGGCAAAUUGACAUCAUGAUAAACUCUGAAGUUGAUAAUGAAAUUGAGCUGAGUAUACCUGAUCAGGAAAGCAAAUCUUUAACUCCAAUAAGAGAAGCAUCAUUGACACCACCACCUCAUAAUAAUACUAUUAUUUAUGAGUUUGUAAACCCACCUCAUCGGAAGAGGAGUGCUGUGUGGUCACAUUUUAAGGAAACUGAACCUAAGAAGGCUAGAUGUGUGCACUGCGAUCAAAUUCUAGCAGCACCAGUGGGAUAUGUAUCUAAUUUACAUAGACACUUAAAAAAUAGACACAAGAUUAUACUGAGUACCAUGGAAAAUGACACAAAAGAACAAAAUACUGCAGACACAAUAGAACUUAAAGAUGAAAAUGAAAUUGGGUCUGGUGAUGAAUCAUCAGAUGAUUCAUCACCAUCUCAGACAAGGAGAGUAUUGGUGACACCACCGCCGCACAUCAAUUUUACUGAACAAGUAAAAAGUGCAGUGUGGUCACAUUUUAAUAAAAUAGAUACUAAGAAGGCUGAAUGUGUAUAUUGUCAUCGGAACCUAGUUUUUCAAGAAAGAAAUAUAAGUAACCUACAAAGGCACUUAAAAUGUGUACAUGGAAUUUCACUCCUUGCCGUGGAAAGGCAAACAGAACAGCAAUUUGUUGGAGACACAAUAGACCCUCUAGAUGAAAGUGCAACAAUAACUGAAGCCAUGAAGAUAGGCUUUAUCGGAGGAGGCAGGCUGGCGUUUGCCCUGGCCAACGGGUUUAUUUCAGCUGGUUUGGCCAAGGCCGAAGAAAUUACGGCGAGUUGUCACCCCAGCGAUACAGUCAGUGCUGAAGCAUUUAAGAAACUCGGAGCGACGGCCAUCUUUGAAAACAAACCCGUAGUGGAGCGUUCGGAAGUGGUGAUCAUAUCGGUGAAGCCCGACGUGGUGAGGGCCGCUCUGGAGGAUGUCAAGGACCUCCCGGACUCUAAGAAGAAGCUGUUCAUAUCGGUCGCCAUGGGAGUCUCCACGGCUACCAUUGAAAAGGCCUUGCCAUCAGAGGCUCGCGUGAUCAGAGUAAUGCCCAACACCCCAGCGCUGGUCAAACAAGGUGCCGCAGCCCUGAGUCGAGGUUCCAGGGCUUCGGCCGAAGACGCCAAGAUAGCAGGCGCGUUGUUCCGAGCCGUUGGCACUUGUGACGAGGUGCCAGAGUAUCAGAUGGACGCGGUUACCGCUCUGAGUGGCAGUGGACCCGCUUAUAUAUACAUGCUGAUAGAAGCCCUAGCGGAGGGCGGGGUCCGCUGCGGGCUCCCCCGGGAUCUCGCCCUUCGCUUGGCCUCGCAGACCACGCUGGGCGCCGCCACCAUGGUCAGGGAAGGCCACCCCGCAGUCCUCAAGGACAACGUCACAAGCCCGGCCGGCUCCACAGCGGAGGGCACUUACCAUUUAGAGAAAAAUGGAUUUAGAGCCGCUCUUAUCGGUGCAGUGUCCGCCGCUGCCGACCGAUGCAAAGUAGUCAAUCAACAGUUAAAUAAUUAGUUUAAAAUAUAUAUAAGAUAAAAAUAAUGAGAUAAGAUUAUGCGUUACAAAAUAUUUUGUAAUUUGAUAGAAUUUUU